CAUGAGAGCUGUCCAGUACUGUCCACUGCUCCUGCUUUCUCUGGUCCUGCUAGCAACCAACAGUGAGGCUCUGCGAUGUUUCACCUGUAUGGGCUCCAAUAAUGAGGACUGCAACCGGCAAGGCUCCAAAUCUUGUCCCAGCUACUCUGAUGCCUGCGCUGUGGUGGUGGGCCAUGACAGUGGAGUGAUGAAGUCGUGCUCCUACAAGUCUUUCUGUAGUCAGGCCAACAGCCAGGGCUACAGAGCACCAGGUGUCAAAGUUCACUGCUGCUACAGUGAUGACUGCAAUGUGACGAGCUUCGCCUCCGGGCUGCCAGGACUCAACUAUCUGCUGCUGUUUCUGCCGCUGUUGUUCCACUGCUUUUUCAAGUAGACAUUUGACUCGACUUCACCAUGCCAACAAGCAUCCAUCUGCAACAUAAAUGCCAACUACUGUUAUUUUCAUUUACUCUAAAAAUGCCAAAUAGCCCUGCCUAAUUUUACACUACACACUGUCCUACUAUUCAACUCUAUUUACCUUAGUCAUCUAAACUGAAGCAUAGACACCAAGGAGUGACAGCACAUAGAAGAGGUGCUAGGUGUGACUGCAUGGAUUAUACACAUCAUGUUGGAUUGACUCCAUUAAGUAGUAGUCAAGUAGAUGCGUCUUUUAAGGGAUUUCACUAAGCCAAUAACUAGAGGGUCCUAAGGGAAGUGCUGGAUAACAGGCAGAGAUAAUUUAUUAUGUGCUUCCUACAUUACAGAGAGGGAUGUGUUGUUUGUCAGUUUUACCACCCGCUCUGAUGCUGAGAACACAGUGUUUGAAACUGCAGGGUAACAGGAACAAGACUAUCUCUUUGAAUUCUUACUAAUCACCUCUCAAGUUACAUUGCAGCAGAUGUUCCGUGAGGCUAUAUAUGGCACUAAGAUCAAUCAGCUGGUGUGUCCUCACUUCUACCUGUCAAUCACAAGCCUGACGAGCUGUGUGAGAUAUUUCGGAAAGUGCGAAAACACUUCUCACACACUGCAAAUCCACAUAAGCCU